AUGAAGUUCCGCUUGCCUCCUGGCACGUUCCCCGAGCUGGAUCUGGCCAAGGAAGACAUGGACAACAUGGAGAACGUGGCCGCGAUGAUCGUCGAUGCAGCAAUUGAAGACUUUGAACAACUCCGACUAGACAACAACGGUUUUGCCGACAAGCGGUGGAAGCCUAUCAAGCGCAAGGCUGGCGUCGUGCUGUACGAGGACCGGUCAAUGCGCGAGAGCAUUAAGAGAGAGUCGUCGCUGUCAGAAAUGCCUCAGCCAUGCGGUAUCCACCCACUUAUGGCACACGGAACCACGAGGGGUGAGCUGAACGAGCUCAUGUUUGGGUUGCUGAACCCAACCCGAGAGGAGAUGUUGGCCAAGUCCGCGUGUACUGGAGACUAUUUAACAGAUUGUGCCGAGCUGGCGUCAAUCAUUUCACCGACACCGAGUAACCCGUUAAGAUCGUUGCAAGUCAAGUGGUCGCUCAUUGGCAGGGGACCGAUGUUCGUUAGCGUCGUGAUUCGCCCACGGGAUUUCGUGUAUCUGGAGUCGACAGGGAUUGCACUUGACAGUCAUGGACAACACGUCGGAUACAAUCUGCGUCAUUCCGUUGAAGUGCCGGGUGUACGCGAGCUCCACGAGCAUCAAAUUGUGCGCGCGAACAUCUCGUUCUGUAGACUAUUUCGUCAGAAACGUGAAGGUUUCAUAGAGGUUUUUAUGACGGGAUGCGUCGAUGCAAUGGGCUAUCGGUACCCGAUAUACACGAGCAUCAUUAUGACCCAGAUCACUGAUGCGCUAUUGUCGUUUCAACGACUUCUUCUCAAUGCAAGGAUGAAGAAGCUGGCGUGGAUGUUGAACAAUAAGAGGCAGACGAGGGAUCCCAUUAAAAAGCCCACGAACGAGUGCAGUUCUUGUGGUGGCAACCUGGGAAGUGUGAUCUUGUACGGACGAAGGGAAUGCAAGAUCUGCAGCAACGUAGUGUGUCCGCAUUGCCGCGUGCCGCUGAAAGUCGCCUGGAAGCCUCGCGACGACCCAAAUAUGUUCACGAUUGAGAGGAAAACAGCAGCCAAAACGCGGUUUGAGAAGGCGUUGGUGUGUCGUCCUUGUCUCCGGAAAGCGGAGCGGACAGACGCUCUGGACGUGGCCAUCGACGAGAUCCGACGCGCAUCACCUCUGCUGGCAGUUGAGUCCGGUCUCGCGGUAACUUCUGCGUCGUCGCUCUUCUCGCUCAUCAACUCGGACCAGUUCGACCGCGACUGCUUCUUCCACUCGUACCAAUAG